AUGGAGGCGAGGGUUGCAGCAGGAGCGCCCGGAGUAGACGAGGAGUCCGGGCUGCUCCCCCGGCCCCGCGCUCCGGCAGCCGGCGGCCGGCGCCCGCCUUCCUCCUCCGCGCGCCGCGCGCCUCCUCCGCCGCCGCCGGCGAUCUGGGCGACGGUGGACGGGCCCCUGGGGAUGCCGCUGGAGGACGCGGAGGGCCACGCGCGGCGCUUCUUCCUCUGGGGCUUCGCGUGCCUCCCCUUCCUCUGGGCCAUCAACUGCUGCUACUUCUGGCCCGUCCUCCGCUCCCCCAAAGCCUCCUCGCCCGCCGCCUUCGCCCCCAUCCGCCCCUAUGUUGUUAAAUCCGCAAUUGGCUUCACCAUCUUUGCUGCGGUUCUCCUCACCUGGGCCACGACUUUCAUCGUCGGGGGCGAGCGGUUGUUCGGGCCAGUGUGGAACGAUCUCGUGAUGUACAAUGUCGCAGACAAACUCGGUCUCACUGGAUUCAUGGGGUAGAUUCCGUUGCAGGCAUCGCUUUGUGAAGAGGUCCAGAAGCCGACAUGCUUACUCCAGUCAUUUGAUUGUCUGUAAUAUCAGCCACUGGUCAGACUGAAGCCUGUAGAAGCCCGUAUUUAGUAAUUGAGGAUUUUAUAUGUAUAGUUGGGUCAGCCCAGCCCAGGAUCUGCCGAACCUAGGGAAAAAAAAUCAAACUGCUCUUAAAUAUGGUCAUACACUUUCUUUACUUAACAUAUUCUAGGCCCACUUUUAGGGAACAUAAUCUAUUGCUCGGUAAUCCUCAGUGUUGUAAGUUGUAACUCGGAUGUGGUUGUACUAAACA